AUUCCAGCGGCGCCGUGGGCAGCUCCGACAUCAUCCUCCUCCUCCACGGCUUCCCCACCUCCAGCUACGACUGGUGCAAGAUCUGGGAAGGGCUGACCCAGAGGUUUCACCGGGUGAUCGCUCUGGAUUUCGUCGGAUUCGGUUUCAGUGACAAGCCUAGGCCCCACCACUACUCCAUCUUUGAGCAGGCCAGCAUCGUGGAGGGGCUGGUGCAUCACCUCGGCCUCCAGCACCAGAGGAUCAACCUCCUGUCCCACGAUUACGGCGACACGGUGGCACAGGAGCUGCUGCACAGGUAUGAGCACAAUAAAACUGGAAGCAUCUUGAUCAACAGUCUGUGUUUAUCCAAUGGAGGGAUCUUCCCAGAAACACACUACCCUCGCUUCAUCCAGAAGAUCCUCAAGGAUGGGGGUUGGUUGUCACCCGUCAUCACACGGCUGAUGAACUUCUUCUUCUUCUCCAGAGGGCUCGGGGCUGUCUUUGGGCCCUACACACAGCCCUCACAGGCAGAGUACUGGGACAUGUGGACGGCCGUGAGGACCAACGAUGGCAACCUGGUGGUGGACAGUAUUUUGCAGUACAUAAACCAGAGGAAGAAGCACAGAGACCGUUGGGUUGGGGCUUUGAUGUCCACCUCUGUCCCACUGCAUCUGAUCUAUGGGCCCCUGGACCCUGUGAAUCCACACCCAGAGUUUCUGCAGCUUUACAAGAAGGUGCUCCCCAUGUCCACAGUGUCGGUGCUGGAUGACCACAUCAGCCACUACCCCCAGCUGGAGGACCCCACAGGCUUCCUGAAUGCCUACCUGAACUUCAUCAACUCCUUCUGA